AUGAAACUCCUCACACUUUUCUUAUUAGUUACUACAUACUUUAGGCUACAUGAAACUUGCGAAUAUAAUCGUGUUGUGCUUCAUAAUGAACUCGGUCCUGGUAGACUUCUCGAGUUCCAUUGUUCUUCCAUGUACGACGAUUUAGGCGUCAGGAACUUAACCUUCAAUGCUACUCCAUUUGUCAUCAAAUUCCAUGACGAUUUGUAUUAUAUAACAUAUUGGAAUUGUUUACUAAGGCAAGGAGUUGACAUGGAAUAUUUUUAUAAUGUUGAAGUAUACAAAGCAGCAUGGUUAUUUAGAUGUGGCCAGAUACGUGUGUGGACGGCCAAACUUGAUGGGAUAUACUUUUCAAGAAGCCUUGAUACACCCCCCGUCUUAGCAUUACAUUGGAAUUCAUACAAAUAA